GAAUUGGUAGCGGUCAUCAAGAUCCAACCAUCAGCAGAAUCAUUCCCUGCCGAACUAGCAGCGGCAGCUGAUGCAAAAUCAGAAUGUUACUCACAAACACCAGCUUUUAAGAUCUCAGACAUCUCCUCCUUUAGCAAUGUCAUUUGCUCCAUCAACGGAACCACAACUUCCCCAGGUCUUGAUGUUUCAUUGAUGGUACAGAAUCAUGCUCUCCUCUAAAGCCCUCCAGAGGCAGCAGGCAUGGCUAUCACUUCAUCACUGCAGCCUAAGCAACACAGCAGACGAAUUACCGUGUGUCUGAAGAAGGGAAAAAUGGAGGAAAUGACACUUCAAAUAUGGAAGGAGAGAGGAAGGCCGAUAUGGUUGGAGGACAGAUCCCAUUAACUGAUGGGCAGUCAGUUGUGUUCUUUCGGCAAGAUUUAACAGACUCCUCUGUUUCAACAAUGCCUGUGAACAAUGUUGUUGAUAGCUCAGCCCGAACUCUUAACCUUGGGUCCACUCUUGCUCGGACCUCAGGCUCUGCUAUGUCAGCUACUAUUGGCAGUGUAAAUGCACCAAGUAUACAACAACAGAUGCAGCGGAAUCAGCAGCAGCAGCAGCAGCAGCACUUAACAAAGUAUGCACAGCAACAGGCUCAAAUAAUCUACACUAAUGCUUUUAUGCAAGCUCAAGCUCAAGCUCAAGCUCAACAUGUGGCAAAUUCAACAAGCUUUGCAUCAGCAGCUAGUGGGUUUCAUCUGCAAAGACAUCGCAAUGAGCAGCGACCAGAAUGCAUCGGCAACCUCUUUUACAAGGAUGUUGUUGUUAUGUCAUCCAGUCAUGUAAAUUUUUGUGACUCCCAACCUCCUAGCAACCACGAGAGGAUGUUUCUAGUUUUUUUCUUCAACAACUAAUGCUGAGAAAACA